CAGUCUGCACUGAGUGACUGAUAAGUUAUAGUUCUGUGCUGAGUACGUUCGUUGUUCGUUCACAGUUCAAUCACUUUGAGAAUGACUUCUUGACGUCUCGACUUUAUGGGUGGUUAUAAAUUUGUUGUGGAUUGUAGUUUAUAACCGAGAUAUAUUAUAAUGUAGUUGAAAAUCGGGCUACAAUAAAUUGAUAUUUAGGUUACCAAAUGCAAUAUGAUUGAUAUGUGCUGCUCUGCAAAAUAAAAUUUGAAUAUAAUAUGCGAAUAAAACGCACAAAUUUAGUUAUAGGAUUAUUAUUAAUUGUAUGGACUUCUGUAUUAUAUUUAACUUUUCCAUACCAUUCCAUCAAUUCCAAUGAAGUUUCUGAUGUAGUUAAACAAAUUGUGAUUUUGGAACAAGGCAUAUCAAGAGAGUUUGAAAAGAACAAUGUUGUAAUAAAAGAUGCUCAGGAGUUACUAGAAAUUAAAAAGAAAGGUGAAAUACACCCAAAUAUAGUAGAUCAGAAAGAACUGCAAGAUGUUAAAAUACCAGUUUUGGUGUUUGCCUGCAAUAGAGUUACUGUCACCAGGUGUUUGGAUAAUUUGAUUCAAUACAGGCCCGAUCCAGAUCAGUUUCCCAUUAUUGUUAGUCAGGACUGUAGCCAUGAAGAAACUAGAAAUGCAAUUCAAAAGUAUGGCUCUCAAAUUUCACUCAUACAACAGCCAGAUCAAUCAGACAUUCAAGUUCCGCCAAAAGAAAAAAAAUUCAAGGGGUAUUUCAAAAUAGCAAGACAUUAUGGUUGGGCAUUAAACCAAAUGUUUUUCAAUUUUAACUUUAGCUCAGUAAUCAUAGUAGAAGAUGAUUUGGAAGUGGCUCCAGAUUUCUUUGAAUACUUCAUUGGUACUUAUCCUCUUCUGUUGAAAGACUCAUCACUUUGGUGUAUUUCUGCUUGGAAUGACAAUGGUAAAGAAGGUCUUGUUAACACUGAUAGACCUGAUUUACUUUACCGUACUGACUUCUUCCCUGGCUUGGGCUGGAUGCUUACAAAAAAUAUUUGGUUUGAACUCUACAGCAAAUGGCCAAGAGC